CUGUCCCUCCACCAGAGUGCCAGCUGGUCCCAGCUUUGUAUAGAGCACCUAUUCUCUAUCAGGCUGCCCAGAUCUGAAGAAGACGCCUAACCACACCCCCUCACCCAAAAAAAGUGUUUUGACAGAGGAGCCUCUUGAGGUUUUCUCAACGAAAGCUUGAAAAGCUCCAGUAAAUCGACCGGCCUUCUAUUCUGUGGGAUGAUCCUUAGGAAGGGACAAUGGCUGAAGAUUACUUCGAGGCAUCCGGAGGGCGAAAUCGAGAGUCAUUUAGAGAGAAUGGCAAGCGUUGAAUGAACGCCUCCCAUCACCACCGCCGCUCUGAGUCGGCUAAGAGAAAUCUUUGCCAUAACUCUUCAGCUGGGCUCUUUGGGAAAGCCAGAUUUCCUCACCAGCUCAGGCGAUCGAGUCCGGCGUCCGGGGUGCAUGUUGAACCCCAAGAAUGAGUCUUCCUUCUCGGCUCCCUCCCCCACCCCUCAUCAAAGCUGGAAAACCUCCCACUUACCUGAAUCCUGGAGGAAUCUGACUCCGCUCACCGGACCUCUGGCUGCGGCGUCUUUCUCUUCCUGCCUCUUGUGAGUCCCCCACUCCCACCCCGGGUCUCGCCUGGCAGGCGGAGGAGUCCGUUCCAGUCCGGGCCCGGAUCCAUCCCUCCAGGAUCGCGUCGGCCAGAAGUUCGCCUCUCCCCUCUGACGCACUUUAAAGAGUCUCCCCCUUCAACCUCAAGGCGAGUAAUAGCGACCAAUCAUCAACCCAUUUACCAGGCUUCAGAGGAAGCUGUUUAUGUGAUCCUCGGCACUAAUUAGGCUCAUGAACUAACAAAUCGUUUGCACCACCUUGGGCAAAGGGACCCGAUCGCUCUCCUGCAUGGAUUGCCGCUGGACCUAGUAGGGACCGCCUUUGCCGCUGCUCAGAAGAAGGCAAGCGCGGGUGGGGGAGGCAAGAGGAAAAGGAGGAGGAAAGGGGGGGGAAAUAAUAAAGGCAGAACUUCGCCCAGCAACUUUCUCCCCCCCCUUUCUUUUGCCGGAUGAAGUGAGCGGAGAAGAGCGGGUGCAGAGCGCGUCUCCCGGGCGGGCACUCGCCUCUUCAUGUGGCCAGCUGGCUUGGCUCCUGCCUUUGCUGGCGGCUGCCCGGUCGCCGGGCUCUGGAUCUAGGGAGCCCGAUCUACUCCCCGGGACCUCGACGAGGAGAAGCGGCGGCGGCGGCGGCGGCAGGAGCCGCAGCCCGGAGGCCAGUUUGCUCGGUGCUUCUCGGCCAGGAUGUUCCAAGCCGCCCCGAAGCGCUGCUUCACCAUCGAGUCGCUGGUGGCCAAAGACAGCCCCGUCUUGCCCGCCUCCCGUGCCGAGGAUCCCAUCCGGCCGGCGGCGCUGAGCUACGCCAACGCCAGCCCCGUGAACCCUUUCCUCAACGGCUUCCACGCCGGCGGCCGGGGAGUCUAUUCCAACCCGGACUUGGUCUUUGCCGAAGCCGUCUCGCACCCGCCCAACCCCGCCGCCGUCCCAGUCCACCCGGUGCCCCCGCCUCACGCCUUGGCCGCCCACCCGCUGCCCGCCUCGCAUUCGCCUCACCCGCUCUUCGCCUCGCAGCAGAGGGACCCCGCCACCUUCUACCCCUGGCUCAUACACAGAUACAGAUAUCUAGGCCAUCGCUUCCAAGGCAAUGAAACCAGCCCGGAGAGUUUCCUCUUGCACAAUGCCCUAGCCAGGAAACCUAAACGGAUCCGCACCGCCUUUUCCCCAUCUCAGCUACUGAGACUGGAGCACGCUUUUGAGAAAAAUCACUACGUCGUAGGGGCAGAGAGAAAGCAACUGGCGCACAGCCUCAGUCUCACGGAAACUCAGGUAAAAGUUUGGUUUCAGAACCGAAGGACAAAGUUCAAGCGGCAGAAGUUGGAAGAGGAAGGCUCAGACUCUCAACAAAAGAAAAAAGGGACUCAUCAUAUUAACCGGUGGAGGAUCGCCACCAAACAAGCCAGCCCGGAAGAGAUCGACGUCACGUCAGAUGAUUAAAUCAGCCCCUUUAAAAAGAAAGAAGCAAAGAAAAAGAAGCCGACGGAGAAGCAAAACUCUAGGCGGGCACUUAAAAGACUUUUCCACGAACAACUCAAGUGUUAAAGGCUCGUGAGCAACCCCAGGAAAGUGAGUGGCGUGGCAGGGCGAGAGGGACAGGAACCGGCUCUGUCACAAGGCGAUUCUCGUGUUUAGAGAGAGGCCGUUGGGAGGGGCGAGACGCAGCCGGCCAGCUAGCCAGACGUCAGUCCAUACACGGCGGCCUUCCGGGUCCUGCACUGGUACAAAAAAUAAAAGAGGGGCGGGAGGGGAGAGAGGGAAUCUUUCAAUCAAAGCCAAACCACCAAGAGGAGGUGGUUUACAAAUAUUCCGUUUCUCGCCAUUCAAAACCAAAACACUCCAAAUUUUAAAGGGAUCUUGCACUCUCUCUCUCUCUCUCUCUCUCUUACACACACACACCCAACCGUACAGGACACUUUGCAGUUGACGAGGGAUUUAUUCUUAUCCAUAAUGAUUCUGAUUUUCUCUCAGUCUUUAGGAGAGAAAAUCCCACACCCAGCCAAAAUCGACACACCUGUUUCAGAAACUUGAACUGCAUGCUUUUUUAAAAUUAAAAAUGAAUAAAAACCUUGAAGGGGGAAAGAAAGAGGGACGAGGGCUUUUAAAAAAACACCCCACCGGUUCCUAGUGUCAUGCAGACACGAACUGUGCUUCCCCUCUCCUCCCCUCCUCAGAGACAGGUUCUGUGUGCUUUUUAAAUUUAUUUUACAAGAAACUGUGCAGUCUGUAAACCUUUUUAUGAUGACUUCUGGCGUCAACGUGGUUGUGAAAACUCAAUGAAGUAGCGGUAACAAAUUCUAUUUUUAAAUUUUUGCUUCCCCAAAAUUGAUAACCUUUGAGAAACAAAGGAGUUGGGUUAUUGGGGGGAGGGGAGGGAAACUUUGCUGCGUGAAUGAAUAAAUAAAGAUUUUUUUUAAAAAAAAUAGUCCCCAUUCAAAAACUCCAGUUACUCUUUUUCUCCCCUUCCCCUUUGAGGGGGCUGUGCUGGGACAAACACACAGGACUUCAGACAGAGCAGGGAUCUUGGAGAUCUCUCUAUAGACACGAUUUCCACCCAGGCCCCGUGUUCACUGGGGACAAAUUUCAAGCACUGAUGUUGAUGAUCCAAGACAAUAGAGCUACUAAAAAUGAGAAAUGUUUCCUUCAUGUCUUCUUUACCAGAAUGUAAAUAUUUUUGUGGGGUUUUUGUGUUUAAUUUGUUAGAAUUCUAACACACUAUAUACUUCCAAGAAGUAUCUCAAUGUCAAUAUUUUGUCAAUAAAGAUUUAUCAAUAUGGCCUAACAA